GUUCGACUUCAUUGGUCAUCUAUGAUAGCUCAUUUACUUGAACUUUUCUUCGGACAUGAUCAUACCUCUUUCAGUCACCAUCGACUUCCGUAUCGAGCAUUUACUUUCGAUGCUAACGUGCAUCGCUGCUUGGGAACUGCUAAGAAAAAAAAUGCUAGUUGUCUGCCAAAGGCUCAUUAACACGAACACCAUCAUAGCCAUAAGUGGUAUUCCAAUGAGCUUUAGAAUUUCCUCCGUGUCUUCCUGGCAGUAAUAUAACGAUGUGAUAAUAGUGCAAGACAGCAUUCACGAUGUAACACUUUCUUCCACCCUCCAUCACAAGCAGAAACUUAAGACCCCAUUUAAGUUUACACCUGACAAAUGAUCAGAUACAUGGCAGAGGAGCAGAUCACUGUGUAUGAUGCAGAGACACAGCAGCCAGUGACUGUAACAGUAAAUACAUCUGGAGAUAAUGGUUCUGUGCAAACCAUCCAGUACAUCACUUCAGAUGGGCAGGUUGCCCAGUUACAGUCUGAUGUACUACAGGCAACUGCUGCUACAGUCAUGUCUGAUGCAUCCAUGCCGAUGGUGGUAGGCAGUGUGGGCAGCAUUGGGCAGCAAGGAACAACAGUUUUGCAACCACAGACUGCUGCCCAGCCAGCAUCUGGCACCACCACAGUCAACACAGCCAGCCUGCCACAGAUGCUGUUCCUCAAUCAGGUGACCAUCAAUGGCCAGACAUCCUUUGUGCUGGUUGAUGCUAACAACAAACCUGUUCAGCUUCCACAAGGAAUCCAGGUGAUCAACUUGCCAACACCCCAAGUAGGCCAGCAGCUACCAGUUCCUGGAGCAGAGACAGGUGAUGAACCUCUGUAUGUAAAUGCCAAGCAGUAUCAUCGGAUACUUAAGCGCAGGCAAGCGCGUGCAAAACUUGAAGCUUCAGGCAAAAUUCCUAAAGAGAGACAGAAAUACCUCUAUGAAUCAAGACAUCGACAUGCAAUGAACAGACAGAGAGGAAACGGAGGAGUGUUUGUGGGAAACACAGGGAAGGAUGGAAAAGGCAUGUUGAAAACAGAAUUGGGAAUGCACUCUGAUGGUCAAGCUGGAAGUAUACUUUCUUCACUUACAACAUGAGCUUUUGCAAUGGAAGCACCAGUGUAAUGACUCUACUUCCCCACCCUACUUCCAUCCAGAAAAAUUUUCAGAAUGGCAUCUAUCUCAAAGAAAUGACUGUUUUUGUAAAUAUGUUUGCGUGUCAAAAGAGAGUGUGUGUUGGGAAUUAAGGAGCUUGUAUGAGAGUAGAUGUAAGCAUGUUAUCUUGUGAGAAAUAAAUUCUUACAAAUAUGUUUGUCAAAGAGAGUGUGUUGUGUAUGGGCAGACAUUUUUAAAGCUUGUAUGAGAGUAGAUGUAAGCAUGUUAUUUUGUAAGAAAUAAAUUCUUAAUAAGCAUCAGGACUGAUGUGGCUUGUUUUUUAAUUAUUGGAAAAUGAGCUUUAAGACUUAACUGUAACAUGAUGCAUAUGUUGACAUUUUUUUGCCUGCUGCAAUUUAUGGCAUCCAGAUUAAAGUACUUGUUCUCUGAUUUGAGGACAUGAAUGUGAAGCCUG